UGCAAUAUUUUUACAGUCGUACGUGUAUAGCGAUCUUUGGCGUUUCCCGGCGGUAUCUGUACUUAGACACGUGGACUACGGCCUUUUGUUGAAGAAAAGAACAAGUGGAGCUAUGGAUGCCAUGCAACUACUUCUUCCAGUCGCCAUCUUGCUCAUUUCCUGUGCUUCUAUGGGCGUCAAGGCUGGGAAAAAGCCCGUCAUUUACAAGAAAUGGCCUGCCUGCAAGAGAGGCAGUGACUUCGUCUACAUAGUGAAGUCCGACCGUGUACCAGGCGAGGUUCACGAACGAACCAACAGGAAUGGCAAGACCAUUUGGUACAUAUGCCUGCCUUGCACGCAAUGUGCAUCAGGCGUUCGUCAGCUUCACCCCUGCUCGACUUACAACGACACCAAAUGUUCGGCCACUGAGUGUGCCGUACCUGGAUGCGUUCUAGACGAGAUGUUUCACGCCUGUAGACUGCCAGGCGACCCUAACGACUUUGCCAGUACCGCCGCCAUGAUGGACCCGUGCGACCCCACCAAAGCCCCGGUCAACCCGACUCCGAUCCCGUCAGAAGGAGACCUUUCUAACGGAGACCUUUCUAACGGACCACCUCAUCAUAUACAGUUGAAGAACUCCAGCUCAUCGCUAUCCAAGAAGGAUAAGAACGAAGCUGGUGACGCACAGAAUGGUCCCAACAAGCCGAAUUCGGCCUACUCGUCGGGGCGGAGGGACGGCUACGGAUGGGGAACAUUGGAGGUGGUACUUAUUGUGGUCUUACUAAGUGUGGUCUUAAUCAUGUCAAGCGUGAUUGGGGUGAUGGUUUUCAUCUUUUGUCGUAGGUCCGAAGGGAAAGCUCAAAGUGGGCGGGGCACUAGCAGCUCGAAUGAGGGGAGGACAACUGGGGAGACGGCCAUCUAGCAUUAGGUUAUCCCACCUCAGUUGAGGUAGGGUGCGCGUUGCAUCCUGGGACAGGUUGCGCAACGAAUGGGAUUGUGUGUAGCGCAGCCUGUCCCAUGCAGUGCAACGCAUACCUCCGCUGCACAUUUCCGGUCCGGCACCUAUCCGUAAGUGUCCGGUCCAUGAUCUAGAGUUGCGUAUCAAUAUGACAUCCCAUCAUGCUCUAUUAAACAUAAUAUCCGAGUUACCGCAGUGUUCAAUGAAUGGGAGGUUUGCGGUAACACCUUGUGAAUGAUAUCUCGUAGUGAGUUGUGUGGUUCUGAGAAGAACCAGUUGGUUUAACUCGACGUUUUCGAACAGUUUGCUAUGUUCGUCAUUGGAUACUCUCCGAUAAAAUCAGUCUCGACGACCAAAGAAUACUGUUCGAAACGUCGAGUCAAACCAACUGGUUCUUUCUCAUAACGACACAAUUCACUUGUUGCCAUUUGGCGAAGUAUCUAUACAAUAGCUAGCACAGUACUUCCGCCAUUGAAGGGGGGGGGGUGUCUUCGGAAGGGAAUUAACGCGGCGGGCCCGGAUUGGCCUUUACACUUAAAAGUCACGCAAUGUAUAUAACCGCCAAACAAUGCAAUGUUUUGUACAUAAUUAUUAAGAGGCAUGGGAAAUGUAUAUUUAUCUGAAACAGUAUAUUGCUCUAUUAAUCUAAUUUAUUAAGACACGAAAAUAAAUAUUUUGAAACUAUUUAAUUGACAGUCGCUUGUAAAAUUGUAUAUAGGCCAAGAUAAUGUCAGCAUUUUUUCAUGUAACCAAAGCUACUGUAUGUGCAAAAAGCGAUGUUCUAUUCAGUGUCAGUAAUGAACUCAGUAAAAGUAUUCAUGAUCAAGGCUGAGGCGUAAUAAUGACGUCACACUCUCUUCACCGCGUUGCAUCCUGGGAGCCAGCUUGGGAUUGUAGUGUGUACAUUUGGAUAGUGAUGUUUCUUUCAGUGAAGCUCACGAGUUUAUAAUCUUGCCAAUCAAAAGCAACAACGUUGAAUUUAUUCCAGCAAAUGGGACUUCUCCAUUUAAAUUUUGCGAAUCCAACAUCUUCCUAUUUUGACCCAUUUAUGGAUAGAUAAGAAGUGUGCGCAGGCAGAAAGCAUUUGUGUUGCGUUGCAUUAAAAAGGAUAUUUUUUGUAUAUACAUAUCUCGCAGCGCAAACUGUCCCACAAUGCAACGCAAUAUAUUCUUGCACUGACAUUUCUGGUCAAGCGGCUCGGACACACCUACCUCCCAGCAUCCAACGCGGUCAUUAAAGUAUGACGUCAUUACGUGCCAGUACCAUUAAUUUUGUGCUGCUUAAAUUUUGCUUUACAUAAUUAUAUUGCACCGAACGCUGUUGUAUAUAAGGCCAAAAAAAAAGUCUCUGGUUUCUGGUAUG